UUACUAUAGAACCUUUUAUUUACAGCACAGGCUGUUUUUGGUGGCAAUGUGGAUAGAUGAAAUGACAACGUGACUGUCUGUUUCUAGUGUUCUGCUACGACCAUUCGAACCUUGGCUUUUGGCCUUCAAUCUCAAAGAUUUGUUGAUGACAACUUUACUGUUGACUAAUUUCGUGAUUCGUUCUUCCUGAUAUCGUUCUUCUGAGGUUCAGAUCGACAAUUGAAAGUAUGAGUAAUGGAUUGGAUACACUGCAACGACUGUUUCAAGCAACCGUACUCGAGCCCCAACACAUUGUUCGUCCUUACAUCGUGCGCCCGUAUCCAGUGUUCCGACUGCAAUUCAUCAAAAUCAUGUAUUAACAGAGAUUGCAAACCAUGCAAAAGUCAAAAUUACAAUGCCGUCCCACUCGACGAAUCCAUCCCAUCGGCAGUCGAAGACUUUUUUCGCGACCCGUUAGAUCAUCUGAAAAGAUUCCUUAAAGUUUACGAUUUCCAAAGGAAUCAUCGAGACCAACUGCUAAAACGCCAAACCGAACAGCAAAAACAGGUGGCUUCACAAACUACCCAGUGGCAACGAACCACAACAGACCUACAAAGUCAGGUGCAAAAAUACAGAUCUGAAGUACAAGACACCAAGGAGGAGAAUAUGGCACUCAAGUUGAAAAUACAGGAAUUGGAAAAUACUUUGGCGAAAGAACGCAGGUCAGUGGCUCCUGAUUUAUACCAAAACAUUAGGAACUAUCAGGCAGAUCCUAAAAAGAGAAUUGCCCCAACUCCCUCUACAGGUGAUAGGGCUUCGGACGAUCGCAACAUGAUUUCGUGGCAACAGAAAGUUCCAGGAAUUCCAACAAAUCCACCAGAUCGUCCGGGCCCAAUACGCCAGCGCUACGUGCCCACCCAACAACACCAGCCCUAUAAAUCUCGAGUACCCCACCAGUUUUUAAACGUCGAAACGCCAGCCUAUUUUCCUUCCUACUCUUCCACGCCGGCAGCAAUGGCUCGACCAAGUGUCCCCGCCGCGACUCCGAAGAAUGCUCUUUCAUCAUUUCCUACUCCGAUUGUCCAUCGGCCCCGUCAAUCUGUCAUGGCUCCUCCAAUGCCGAUCCAAGUCCAAAAGCAACAUAUUUCCGAUUCUUCGCAGCUACAUUCAGCACAACAACGGAAGCGAGCCGGAUCGUACAACAAUAGAGUUUACGCAUUUAUGUCGGAAGCGGCUCGCCAAGCUCUUACUCCGGAACCUCUGCAAGCAAAAAAAUUAUAAGGUUUCUAUCUUCUUUACUGGUAAAUACAUUCAACUUAUUAUUCGAGAA